ACAUGGCGGAUGAGGAGCAGAGAGCAGAAGCUGAUAAUGAGCUGGAUGAGUUAUUAGACAGUGCGCUGGAUGAUUUUGAUAAGAAUAAUGUUCCUCGUGUGGCCCCUGAACCCCCCACUGCUCCCGGUGCAGAGGCUAAAAGUGAAAAGAAGGCUCCUCUGCUGGAGGAUGGUCGUUUGUUCGAGUCUCUGUUUGAGGGUGACAUGGUGACCCAGGCUCAGCAGGAGUGGGAGAAGGCGAUGGCAGAACUGGCUCAGGAGGAACCGGAACUCAUCCAGCAGUUCCACAAACUGUCAGAGGCCGCCGGCAAAGUGGGUUCAGAUUCAGCUUCUCAGCAAGAAUUUGCUUCCUGUCUGAAGGACACACUGAGCGGUUUGGCUAAAAACACUGAUAAUCUGCAGGCGUCCGGAUUGGCCGGAGAUGAUCUGGUGAAGACCUUAGAAGGGCUGGGAUUGGAUGAGAAUGGUGAAGGGAGCGGGGAGGAUGGUAAUAUCCUUCCCAUCAUGCACUCCAUCAUGCAGAACCUGCUGUCUAAAGACGUGCUGUACCCGUCACUGAAGGAGAUCACAGAGAAGUACCCCGAGUGGCUGGACAAUAACAGAGCGUCUCUAUCAGUGGAGGACGUGCAGCGGUACGAGCAGCAGCAGAGGAUCAUGGGAGAAAUCUGUAAACAGUUUGAGAGAGAUGUUGAUUCAGAGAGCAGCUUCGAGAACAUCAUGGAGCUCAUGCAGAAGUUACAGGAUUUAGGACACCCACCGAAGGAACUAGCAGGAGAAGCACCCCCAGGUCUGAACUUUGAUCCCGAGUCUCUUAAUCUUCCCGGAGCUGCGGGGGCGGAGCAGUGCUCUAUCAUGUGACCUGAGAGGCGGAGAUUAUUAAUGACGAUAACGAUAUGAUGGAGGGGUUCGCGUCCUUCUCAGGUCGACGCGGCUCUACAGAACGUCUGAAUCUGGAUUGGCUGGAAUUUCUCCGUUACACCCUGAUACACCACACUACAUCCAUUCAGAGCAGAUUUAUAAAUAAAGAAGCUGCUCAUUUUGUA